AUGGCUCCAGAAGGUGAAAGAGCUUUACCAUCAAUACCAAAGCUGGCCAACAAUGAGAAGCAAGGAGUAAGGUCACACACAGUCUCUGUGUCAGGAGUCAAUCACUGUCAGCAUAAAGUAAAGAAAGCUAGACGCUUUCUCCCUUUCGUCUUCUGUUCCCAUGAGCCGCCGCCUAAGGAUGAAAUUAGUGGGGACGAGACAGAUGACUAUGCAGAGAUUAUAGAUGAAGAAGAUACUUAUACAAUGCCAUCAACCAGAGAUUAUGAAAUUCAAAGGGAGAGAAUUGAACUGGGGCGCUGCAUUGGUGAAGGACAGUUUGGAGAUGUACACCAAGGAGUUUACAUGAGUCCGGAAAAUCCAGCUAUGGCUGUUGCAAUCAAAACAUGUAAAAACUGCACCUCAGACAGCGUGAGAGAAAAAUUCUUACAAGAAGCCUUAACAAUGCGUCAGUUUGAUCAUCCUCACAUUGUGAAGCUCAUUGGAGUUAUUACGGAAAACCCAGUUUGGAUAAUCAUGGAGCUCUGUACACUUGGAGAGUUGAGAUCGUUUUUGCAAGUAAGAAAAUACAGCUUGGAUCUGGCCUCUCUGAUACUCUACGCUUACCAGCUUAGCACAGCACUUGCCUACUUAGAGAGCAAAAGAUUUGUACAUAGGGAUAUUGCUGCUAGAAAUGUGCUGGUAUCUGCCACUGACUGUGUGAAGUUAGGUGACUUUGGCUUAUCCCGAUACAUGGAAGACAGCACUUACUAUAAAGCUUCCAAAGGAAAAUUGCCUAUCAAAUGGAUGGCUCCAGAGUCAAUCAACUUCCGACGGUUUACCUCAGCUAGCGAUGUGUGGAUGUUUGGUGUGUGUAUGUGGGAGAUCCUAAUGCAUGGGGUAAAGCCCUUCCAGGGAGUGAAGAACAAUGAUGUGAUUGGGCGAAUUGAGAACGGUGAGCGGCUCCCAAUGCCUCCAAACUGCCCUCCUACCCUCUACAGCCUUAUGACCAAGUGCUGGGCAUACGACCCUAGUAGACGACCCAGGUUUACUGAACUUAAAGCACAACUCAGUACAAUACUGGAGGAAGAGAAGCUGCAGCAAGAAGAACGAAUGAGAAUGGAAUCCAGGCGACAAGUCACAGUAUCCUGGGACUCAGGAGGAUCAGAUGAAGCUCCUCCCAAGCCCAGUAGGCCUGGUUACCCCAGUCCAAGAUCCAGUGAAGGGUUUUAUCCAAGUCCACAGCAUAUGGUACAGCCGAAUCAUUACCAGGUGUCUGGCUACCCCGGUUCUCAUGGGAUACCAGCCAUGGCAGGCAGCAUUUAUCCUGGGCAGGCUUCUCUCUUGGAUCAAGCAGAUUCCUGGAACCAUCGGCCUCAGGAAAUAUCAGUGUGGCAACCAAACAUGGAGGAUUCGGGCACUUUGGACAUACGAGGAAUGGGCCAGGUUCUACCCACACAUCUCAUGGAGGAGAGAUUGAUACGACAACAACAAGAGAUGGAAGAGGAUCAGCGCUGGCUUGAAAAAGAGGAACGAUUCUUGGAAGCCAGUGGGCGGGAAUGGAGAGCAGAUCUUAAACCCGAUGUGCGGCUCUCCAGAAGCAGCAUCGACCGAGAGGAUGGAGGUCUGCAGGGCCCAGCUGGUAACCAGCACAUAUAUCAGCCUGUCGGUAAACCAGAUCACGCAGCUCCGCCAAAGAAACCUCCCCGCCCUGGAGCCCCCAGCCAUUUGGGCAGCCUUGCAAGCCUGAACAGCCCUGUGGACAGCUACAACGAAGGCGUGAAGCCAUGGAGGAUCCAGCCGCAGGAAAUCAGCCCUCCUCCUACAGCCAACCUGGACCGCUCUAACGACAAAGUCUAUGAGAACGUAACUGGGCUGGUGAAAGCGGUCAUCGAAAUGUCCAGUAAAAUACAGCCAGCUCCGCCAGAGGAGUAUGUACCCAUGGUAAAGGAGGUUGGUUUGGCGUUAAGAACCUUACUGGCAACAGUAGAUGAGACCCUCCCCAUGCUUCCUGCAAGCACCCACAGAGAGAUUGAGAUGGCGCAGAAGCUGCUGAACUCGGACUUGGCCGAGCUCAUCAACAAGAUGAAGCUGGCCCAGCAGUAUGUCAUGACCAGCCUGCAGCAGGAGUACAAAAAGCAAAUGCUGACGGCUGCUCACGCUCUGGCUGUGGAUGCCAAAAACUUGCUGGAUGUUAUUGAUCAAGCCAGACUGAAAAUGAUCAGUCAGUCCAGACCGCACUAAGUACUGAGGGAAGAGUUUCAUCAGUCCAAGAAUUCUGCUUGCGAAAGGAUGUUCUUUCACCUUCCACCAGCAGUGAGGAUUAACCCAGUGUAGUCCUGGCUUUCCAGCGCCUCUUGCUUCAGCAGACCUGACUGACAGCUGUUGGUUCUCUCUCAUUACAGAAGUUUAACCAAGUUUUUAUCAUAAAGCCAAGCUGGUCUGGGAUUCAAAAAGUGGCAUUAUCACAAGAUGAAGUUUGUACAGAAGUCCUCGGGAAAUCGCAGCUACGGCGCGCACUUCAGUUUUAUACCAUCGCAUGGGACACGCUUAGCCUAGAGCUGCCGCAGGGUUACGGUCUCAGAGCCAGAACUGUCCGAGCAGCAGAUCAGAGAAAGAUAUUGUGAAGUGAAGAAUUCGGGGAAACCUCAGGGCUGAGAAUUCUUGCCCACAGUAUAUGAACUAUCCAGACUGGAAUUUUUUUAUUAGAACACUUACGUCGCAAUAUGCUAAUCACAAUUUACAGAGAAAGAAUAAAAAGCUAUAUUUUCAAGACUUCAGUCAUUUCAAGACAAAACUAAAGCCCUCUUCAUCUUCCUGCCUUUUACUUUUAUGUGAAUGUGUGAAGCAUUUGUUUGGAACUAGCUGUAGAACACAACUGAAAACUCUCGUCUUUUUCACCGGAAUAAUGUGCCAGUUCUUUUGUAGCAACGUUGUUUUCCUUGGAAGCAAAAAUGCUGCUUUGUACCAGAGCAAUUCAGAGCUGCAUUUAGAGGAGUUCUGUAACCAUUCAUGUCCCCCAUUUUUAUAUAAUUUAUAAAGACAGAUUAAAGCCAUGUUGAAUAUUUUAAACCCACUGUAGUUAACUAACCCAUCCUUUUGUCUAUCUUGCCUGGGAGGAGUUACAGUAGAGCAGUGUAAUUAGAUUUUCCUUGGUUUUCCACUUAUGCCAUCUGUUCUGUUAAAAUAAAAACCACGCUCCCUUUUUGCUGUUGAGGGAUAUAAAUUAUUCUCAGGAAGAAUAUAAUGAACUGUACAGUUACUUUGACCUAUUAAAAAGGUGUUACCAGUGAAA